ACGAGUGUCAAACAAACACAUGAUAAACAAGAGACAAGUGACUAUAAUUAACUUUGAUAACAAAUAUCUUCUCAAUUAGAUUUCACGACUUUGAGGAACAUUCGUUUGAAAAGAAGUGAUUUGAAUCCAGAGAGAAGGUGAAGAGCAAAUCAGGAAGAAAGAACAAAACGAGUUUCAUCUACAACUGUGACUGUUGUUAAGAGAAAGUAGAGAUUAUUUUGAAAUUUGGUUAAAAUAUCACAACAUUUGUUUAGAAACUUAGAGCAACUGACAAUAGUAGAUAUUUAGUUGGUAUUUGGUUAUUUAUCACCUCUUCAAUCUAAAGUUCGACCACUUUAAGAUCCUGUUUACCCUGGAAAGAACAUUAACAACUGAAAACUAGUUUUAGUUAAUUAAAGAGACAUUCUGUAUGUUCUGCAUCUUGUGCCCAGAUACAGUUUAUUUAUCCCGUAAUUCUAAACAGUUUAAAAUGCAGAGAAGGUUUUUACAAACAAUGCAAAUGUUAAUUAUCACCAUUCAUUAAUCUAAGAAGAUAAGAAUCUUAAAUCCAUGUUUUCCUUCUUUAUAACGAGUUUAAAGAUGUUCCUUUGCAGAUUGUUUAAAUAGUUUCACACGUUCAGAGUCUGUGGAUCAAGCCUCAUCAGCAGCUCUGUAAUAAACUGAGACUUAAUGGGAGUUAACGUGCUGCUGUGUCGACCUCUGGAGACAAAGAUGGAGUCUGGAGGUGAUUCCUGUCUGAAGCAGUUCAUCAGUGUGAGACUGAUUAUUUACCUCCGGCUCCUCAGUGACCGUCACGCUCUGCUCGGCAGCCAGGAGGCGCCCUCGGGCUGAUAUUGAUCCUUAAAGCAUUUUCUUCAACUUCUCUUAAAACAUACGUAUGUUGCUGCUAUCGCUACAUAGCUAACGUUAGCAUUUAGAGCUGUUUAAGUUCAAUUAAAUUCAAGACUUAAUUCUAUUGAUCACAAAGCUCUGUUCAGUCAGCCACGUCCCUGGCGGAGGACAUGACAGCUCCUAAAGCAGCUCACUCGCCCCCUGGUGGCCGACUGCAGUACUAGUUAUUAACUUCCUCCUCGUUAUAUAACGUCUUGUCUUAUAAACACAGGAACAAGAAACCAUGUUCACCAGAGAUUUAAAUGAACAUUCAGCACCUUUAAGUUUCAACCUUUUGAUUUAAGUCUGAUACUUCUUUUGCUUUUCAUUUGUUAUUUGUUGAACCUUUAAUCCCCGGGUCGUGUUCUCCCCCUGGAGGGGGCAGGAAGUGAGGCGUUCCCGCUCUGCUGCCUUCACUCAUCCACUUCCUGCUUCUCACGCUGCAUGAACGACGUCUACAGAACUUCAGAGAUCGCAGGCUUCACUCGAAACGAUGACAACAGACGGGGAAAUGUGUACGAUCGACUUCGUACCAACCUAUUACAAGACUGUCGAGCUCGAAGAAAGAUUGAAGUCUUUCGUGAAUCUCUAUGAUCGACAUGAAGAUCGCCUCCAGGGGGCGACGGAGAGCUUCACGCAGUUGGCUGCUCGAGUGCGUGAAACACCGGAGGUCGCUGCUGCAAACAGAGUGUUCCGCGGCCUGCUUGGCGGCGUGCUCGGGGCUGUUUCCGGCGCCAUCGCUGGUGGAGUCUGGGGGGUUCUGGGGUCAGUUGGUGCCACAACUUACCAGAGCCUUUAUGGAGAAAUCGGCGCGGUCGACGCGACUGUCGGCUUCGCUGGCAGUGUGGUCGGGGGGGUAGCUGGGGGAGUGUUUACUGGAAGCGUCGGCGGUGCUGUCGGCGCUUCAACUUCAAGUUCAUCUCAUGGUGCAGUGAGCAAUGCAUUAUGGGUCGCCAUCGGUGCUGCCACCGGUGGUGCGAUCGGUGCUAUUUUUAGCAGGACAGUCGGUGCAGCAGGUGGCGCUGUGGGCGGCGGGUUCGGUGCGUUGCUGGGGACGAGAUUUGCCGUUGAUGUGGUUGGAGGUGCGAGAGAAAAGAUAGAGACGAAGCAGGAAGUGAGUCUGAUGCAAACUGGACUGGACUUCAGUGAAACCAUCAAACCUCUGCUGGUGGAGCUGAGCGCAAUAAACACCACCAGUGAGAAGUUCCAAUUUGUUCCUCAAGUUAAUUUCUUCACACGACAAACUGAGAAGACUCUGGCUGCUGCGGCCGCGAUGGAGGAAACCGUGGCUGCUCCUCAGAGAGACAAAGAUCUGACUCAGUUUGAAGAAGCAGCGAAACGAAGCCGACGAGUCUGUGAAGAGCUGAAGACCACGAGGACGGAGGCUGGGACACUUCUGACUCUACUGAGGAGAUCCUGAAGAUCAACGUGAAACAAGAACCGAAACAAAUCAAACACGUUAACUAUUAAUGAAUCAGAACUAGGGUUGCAGGGAAUAUAAAAAGUUUGAAACUUUCCAUGGGAAUUAACGGGAAUGUAUGGGAAUAUACAGGAAUUAACGGGAAUUAUCUGGACAUUUUCUGGGUAAUUUAUACUAACUGUAUUUACCUUGUCAUAUACAGACAUAAAUAUAAACAUUUUGUUUUUUCAUAGGCUGAUUUGAGCCCUGAGGAAACUUUGGGCACUUGACUUUAUGCUUCUGCAUCUUAGUGUCUUAGUUCUUAACAUAGGUCUUUGCACAGUAUUUGCAAAUGUACACAUCCUUUUCUUCUACAUUGGCUCCGGUGAAAUGUCUCCACACAUGAAAUAGUGCACAUGGCAAUGUUCUGUAGAAUAAGAUGAGAAAAAAGAUUGUAAAAAAACACGAAAGCAAUGCUAGAGAUAUAAAUAGUUGGCCAAAUGGAACCGUCUUUACAAAUAUUUUACAAUUAAUGGAUAAAUGAAUAGAAAUAGUCGAUGAACAGAUGAACAAUCCUCAAUCAGCAUGUUUAUAUAUUUAAUAUAUAUAUCACUUGUGUUUUCUCCCUAUGGCAAAUAAAAAAAAAUGUUCAAUAAGAAAAUC